AUGUAUGUUAAGCCUUUAAUUAAUGCGGUAGCUAGGAUAAUUGUGGCACCACCGACUCCUUCGGCCGAAUCCUGCAACUCCUAUGAUAUUUUUGAGCCGCCAUCCACGCCUCUGGAUUCCAUCAGCAUAAAGAGCAGUGCCAGCAGCUACUUCUACGAUCGUGAUACUACAGGUGAGUCUUUCCUCAAGCUGGAUUACAGCAGCGAUACCAACGGACCCUGGGAGAAGCAGAACCCGAAUCCGCCGAACCCGAAUCCGGAGAAGGACACCAAUGGCAGGACCAACGAGCAGCUGCAGCACGAUCUGUUGCAGCAGUUGCAGCAGCAAUUCCAGCUGGCAGCGGUGCAGCAGCAACAGCAGCGGCAGUUGUUGCAACACCAGCACUCGCAUCCGCCCUUCCAAGCCCCGCAGCAACAUCAGCCAGCACAGCAGCAACAUCCGAGUGCCCAGCUGCAACACUUGCACCACUCGCACCACCCACCGCUGCAACACCACCUAUCGCUAGGCGGCUACCAGCAAUUGCAGUUGCAGUCGAAUAGGAACCAGUACUCCACGCCGCAACAUCAUUAUCGAAAUGCAACGCCCAAUGCCACAGGGACCUCUGCCAAUGCAGCCACUAUCAGACGACGCACCUUGAGUCAUGUCUCGCGAUCUUACUCCCUUGGAACAUCGGCAGCAGCAGCAGCAGCUGCAGCAGCAACAACUGCAACACCCACACCAGCAACAUCUUCGGCCAGUAGCAACAACCAACUCAGCAUCCACAAAACUGGCAUCAUGGUCGCCGCCUCGCGUUGUCGCAGUCCCAUCAUGUUGUGCCACAGCCACAGCGACGGCGAGUUUCCACUGUACAGAG